CUGGUUUUCCUGUCUGCCGGAGGAACCCUAAUUUGAGAAUGGGGUGGGGGCGUGAGAGAAUGAGGAAGGAAAUAUGCUCAGGGAGGGGCUAGCUACCGGGAUGGGGCUUGAGACAAUCUUGACUAAUACAGGCAAGAGCAAAACUUGGUAGUUGAGAUUGAAGCAGCGUUGGAGAGCCAGCCGCCACCACCCCAGCAGGAUCAAGACCAGGCCAGGCACCAUGACCCAAGCACCUAACAGCACCUGCUCACUGAGGAUGUUGGUGAGAGCUGGCAAAACCCUGAGCCAGUACCAGGAGGAGUAUCUGUGGCCCGUGCUAGUGGUGGAGUUCCUUGUAGCUGUGGGGGGCAACGGCCUGGUCCUCUACCGCUUCAUUUCCCGGGAGCAGCGCCCUUGGCAUCCAGCCAUCAUCUUCUCAGCCCAGCUGGCCAUUAGCGACCUCUUCUAUGCCUUCUCCCUGCCCGCCCUGGUGGUCUAUUUUUACCCACCCAAAAACUGGCGCUUCGGGAAGGCUGCCUGCCUGUUUGACCACUUCCUCUUCAACUGCAACCUUUACAGCAGUAUUUUCUUCAUCACUUGCAUAAGCCUCAAUCGCUAUCUUGGCAUUGUGCACCCCUUUUUUGCCCACGGUCAUGUGCGACCCAAACACGCCUGGGCUGUAAGCCUGGCUGGCUGGGGCCUUGUGGCUGCCCUGGCAGCCCCUACCUUCAAGUUCUCCCACCUUGUCUUACCCCAAAAUAGCACGAUACAGUGCUAUGUGAAUCAGUCGGAGGGCUGUACCAAAUGCCUGGGGACGGCUGAAGACGACCACGUACCAAACUACUGGGUCUACAGCCUGGUGCUGGCGGUGCUGGGCUGUGGCCUGCCCUUCCUGCUCACCCUGCUGGCCUACGGCGCCAUUGGCCAGGCCAUCCUUACUAAUCCCAACAUAACCAGGCCAGAGAAGGUCAAGGUGGGCAUGCUAGUGGCGGGCGGGGUAGUCCUCUACGCCAUGUCGUAUAUCCCAUACCACAUCAUGCGUGUCCUCAACGUCCAGGCCCGCUGGCGCUGGCUGGAAGACUGCAGCAGUUUCACAAGCGAGUCCCAGGCUGUGGCUGCUCUGGACCUUGGUCUGUACCUGGGCUACCAGGCAAGCAGGGGACUCGUGCCUCUGGCCAUGUGCCUCCACCCACUGCUCUACACAGCCGUGGCCUCAAGCCUCCGCUGCCCAAGACUCUGUGGGGGAGCCAAGAGUGAGGAAAUCUCUCUGAGGCCUCACUGACUCUUGGCAAAAGGAGGUCCAAGAUCACUUCAUGACUAGCUGGUGAGUGAAAGGGGAUGACAGCAAUGGGGGGCAAGGAAGGUUGUGCAUCCCUACCCCCAUGCCCUCAAACUGCUGUGCCAGACUGAUGGGAGAAUUAAGAGACGACACUUAGAACUUUUGACUCUCCUGUUGGAACCCUUGCCCAUUGCUAACUGGUUUCUCUUUUCCCAUCCACCCCACAGCUUGCAGAUAAAUGCUAUCUGCUGUUAAUGCCCUGAUCAAACAAGUGGCUAGUGACUAAAAUAAGACACCAACUCCUUGGGGAGGCUCCCAAACUUUAUUCCCCUUAAUUUCCCCUAUUCUCUAAGCAUUCUAGUUCCACCCAAACUAAACUGCUAAGGAUUCGUUGCACUUGACAAGCCACUUCCCUACAUUUGUGAAGGCCAUUUUGCUGGACCUAGAGUCCACUUAUUUGUGAAUCCAAAGCCUUAAGUUUCCUUCACAGCCUAUAACAGCUUGUGCCAGACCUAACAUACUCCAUCCCACGGUAUUCCCUGCCCCAAGCUCAAAACAUUCUCCAAUUUUCAACAUCCCUCUAUCCCUUGCCUGGAUGUUGCAUCAUGCUUCCUUCCAUUAUUUUGUUCCACUUCCCAAGGAUGAGGGUUGACACCUCUUAUUUUUAAAUCUUGAGCCACUAAGUGUUCUUCUAAAAAUCAGUCUGUAGUCAAAGACAGUGGGAAAACUCAAUUUUUGCAAAAAAAUAUUUAGAGCUGUACUUUUUGUAAACACCAUAGAAUCUGUAACAAGUGACAAUAUAUGAAGAAAUGCAAAGAAAUAUGGACUUUCCUAAGAUCAUAAAUGUAGAGCUGGAAGGGAUGUCAGAGGUCUCAUCCUUCACCCCCAUCCUUUCCUUUCAGAGGCUAACCCUGAGAUGUAAAGAGAUUCAGUAUGAUCACAAGGCAUUAAAUGGCAAAGCAAGAUAUAACUGAUACAUCAAAAUUCACAAAAUUUUGAUGUUUAAAAAGACUUCUUGACUGAUCACUUGUGAUAUGUCUGUCCAUAUGCUUUCAGUGGAUCUGAUGACAAAGCACUUUCUUCCCUUCUCUUGGCUGAGGUGGACAACAGAUGGUACAAAACAUGAUUUCAGACAUGGACCAACAUGUUUUUGUUUGCACUUCUUUGUAAUGAAGGAUUCUAAAUUGAGGAGAGUUUAGUGUAACAACUACUUCAUGAAGUGACAGUAAUGUAAAUAAAAUUUUUAAAGAACAAUGAAAUGAAAUAAAAAAAAAUAGGUACUGAAUAUAAA